AGAUUCUGCCUUUCGCCUUUCAAAUGACAAGGGAAGAAUGUGAGCGUUCCUUUUAUUUUGAUGAAAGUGCAACGUCACAUUUUCAUCACAAUUUAGUCGAGUAUCACUCAAUAGUUUGUUGAUAUGUUGUUAUUUAUAUCCUUAAUCCGUCACCCGUGCCUGCCACUCUGAUGGUUUGGCCCGAUUUCCCUCCGUUUCAAGUUGCUCCUGCUCCUCUGCGACUGUGGCUGCGUCUCCUGGCCUCCUCCGACCUUAACCACUCACUUUGGCGUUCUGAGAGGGAAUCUGGACUAACUACCUAAUAUGGCCUCUUUGUCGCUACGAACGAUUGGAUUAUAAAUACACAAGUGUUGCAGAAUGAGAACGCCCGAGGGAGGCAGUUAAAACCUUCCACUUGAGAGAGAAGCCGACAUCAUACGGGGCUGUGGUUGGACCCAGAGACCCCUUUGGGGGGGUGGGAGGUGGGGGGUGAAGGGCCCUAUCAGCCUUGUGUGAGUCUGGACCAUGGGGGAUGGAGGCAUCAAUGCAACGGGAGGAGAAGGGGUCAACCAGUCCCACGUCCUGUUUGACAAAUUUGUCCAGGCAACCACAUGCAAGGGCACACUCAAGGCCUUCCAGGAGCUGUGUGAUCACCUGGAUGUCAAGCCCACAGAGUACAGGGUCUUUUACCACCGGCUCAAAUCCAAACUCAACUACUGGAGGGCCAAAGCACUUUGGGCCAAGUUAGACAAGAGGGCCAGCCAGAAGGAGUAUAAGAAGGGCCGUGCCUGUACCAACUCAAAGUGUCUGAUCAUUGGCGCUGGACCGUGUGGCUUACGAACAGCCAUCGAGCUCGCCUUCCUGGGUGCCAAAGUGGUGCUGUUGGAGAAGAGAGAUGCCUUCUCCAGGAACAAUGUGCUCCACCUUUGGCCCUUCACCAUUCAGGACCUCAGGGGGCUUGGUGCCAAGAAGUUUUAUGGAAAGUUCUGCGCCGGUGCAAUUGAUCAUAUCAGUAUUCGUCAACUUCAGCUCAUGCUGCUUAAAGUGGCUCUCCUCCUGGGCAUUGAAAUCCAUGUCAAUGCAGAGUUCAAGGGGCUUAUUGAACCUCCCGAGGACCAGGAGAAUGAAAGGAUAGGCUGGAGGGCUGAGGUCCACCCCAGGACACAUCCCGUCAACGAGUUGGAGUUUGAUGUGAUCAUUGGAGCGGAUGGAAGGAGAAACACGCUGCCAGGUUUUCGACGGAAGGAGUUCCGUGGCAAACUUGCAAUCGCCAUCACGGCAAAUUUCAUCAACAUGAACACGACAGCAGAGGCUAAGGUUGAAGAAAUCAGCGGAGUGGCCUUCAUCUUCAAUCAGAAGUUCUUUCAAGACCUCCGAGAAGCGACAGGUAUUGACCUGGAAAACAUUGUCUACUACAAGGAUGACACACACUACUUUGUGAUGACUGCCAAAAAACAAAGCCUGCUGGAGAAAGGAGUCAUUCUGCAUGACUAUGCGGACACAGAGCUGCUGCUUUCCAGAGCAAACGUGGAUCAGGUUGCCCUCUUGUCUUAUGCCCGUGAGGCGGCCGAUUUCUCAACGAACCACCAGUUGCCCACUCUCGAUUUUGCAAUCAACCACUACGGCCAACCUGAUGUCGCCAUGUUUGACUUUACCUGCAUGUAUGCAUCGGAGAGUGCCGCCAUGGUGCGCCAGCGUAAUGGCCACAAACUGCUGGUGGCGUUAGUGGGAGACAGCCUGUUAGAGCCCUUUUGGCCCAUGGGUACUGGUAUUGCCCGAGGUUUCCUGGCAGCCAUGGACUCAGGCUGGAUGGUGAGGAGCUGGGCUCAGGGAAAACAGCCAUUGGAAGUGCUGUCUGAGAGGGAGAGUAUUUAUCGUCUCCUGCCCCAGACCACGCCAGAAAAUGUUAGUAAAAACUUCAGCCACUACAGUGUGGAUCCCACUACACGUUACCCCAACAUUAGCCUUAACUUCCUCAAACCCAGCCAGGUGAGGCACCUCAUAGACACAGGGGAACCGAGAGAGAUGCGUAUUGAAAUAGAGAAUGUGAUCAACUCAUCAACACCAAAGUUGACCAGGAAUGACAAUUGCCUGCUUGACAAGCAGUUGCAAGAAUCUGUAGCUCGAUCCAGUAAACUUCUCAAUUGGUGCCAGAGACAAACAGAAGGAUACCGAAAUGUUUGUGUCAAAGACCUCACCAUGUCAUGGAAGAGCGGUCUUGCCUUGUGUGCACUCAUCCACCGUUACAGGCCAGAUCUCAUUGACUUUGACACUCUGGAUGAGCGAGAUCAGGAAAAGAACAACCAGUUGGGUUUUGAUGUGGCCGAGCGGGAAUUUGGCAUCUCACCAUGCAUGACUGGCAAGGAAAUGUCUUGUGUGGUGGAGCCUGACAAACUUUCAAUGGUCAUGUACCUCAGCCAGUUCUAUGAGAUGUUUAAGGACACAGUGCCACCUGGAGACAAUCAAAAUCUGAGUCCAGAGGAUAAGGCUGCUCUGAUGGCAAGCACCAAAUCGCCCAUCUCCUUCCUUAGCAAACUUGGGCAGAGCAUAGCAAUUUCAAGGAAACGUAACCCCAAGGACAAAAAAGAGAAGGUUGUUGACAGUUUGGGGAAGAGGAGAAAAACCAGCCAGUCUGAAGAUGAGGAAGGAUCCAAGGCUGGCCAGGAGGACAGACAGGCCACUGUCCCUACUCUGCUGUCAGAAAAGAAGAUGGACUCGGCUGCUGUCGGGAACAACAAUAAAGUCAAGGUUAUGGCUACCCAGCUGCUUGCCAAGUUUGAAGAAAAUGCUCCUGCCCAGGGUUCAGGACUGAAAAGACAGGGGGACUCUCUGCCCAAUCUGGACUGUAUUUUGCACCCAUCCCCGCCCAAACCCCUCGAGCCAAUGCGCCUAGCACCUGUGCCAGCUUGGAGAAAGAGACGCACACAACAGCAGGAGCAGCUGAGCAUUCGCUACAAAGAAAAGAUCAAGUGUCAGACCCUGCCCAACAGCGGGGAGCAGGCCAGAAGUGCUGUCGACCAAGCAGCCAGUUCAAGCUCUCGGAGCUGCCCAAAGAAAACCAUUCUGCUCCUUUCUUCCUCCUCCUCCACUUCUUCGCUCUCUCUUCACACUGAGCAUUUGGGUGUCACUUCGGACGAAGAGGAACUUGAAUACUACGAGAAGCCUGUGAAUUACGGGGAGUGGAAGCCUUUGCACCUAAAAGAUCCAGGACCUAUCCGUGUACCUGGUAUACGGGAGAGGGCAGACUGCCUUAUCUCCAAAUUUAAGGGAAAAAAUGUCAUGCCUCCAAAGCCGAAGAAAAAGCCAUCCCGUUUCUUUUUAGAGCAGUGGUAUUUGUCCCGUGGCAUCACCGAGCAUCCAAGCUCAUCUCGCUCCUCUUCUGAAUCUAGUAGAAAGAAUCCAGCAAAGUCUUUGUGUUCGGCUGUCCCAAUGCCCUUAUAUGUGCUUAGUAUUCAGGAGAGGGCCGAGCAACUGGCUUCUCAGUUGGAUGGCAAAUCAACUGGAUCGAAGCCUAAGGAAAAACCAUCCAGUUUUUUCAUGGAACAAUGGCACCUGGCCCAGACCCAAAGUGCCUCUGAUCCAUCUCUCUCUUCUGACACAUUCAGACAGCGCUAUGUAAGGAUGUACACAGGGGGAGUUAGCUCAUUGGCUGAGCAGAUAGCCAAUCAGCUUCAAUCGCAGGAAGAGCCCAAACGAUUACCUGAGAAAAGAGAUUUGGGCUCUCUCAGAAAAGAAUUCCCUGUCAAUAUUGGAGGCAGCGAUGUUUGUUUUUUCUGUCGGAAACGAGUAUAUGUGAUGGAGAGACUGAGCGCCGAAGGGAAAUUCUUCCACCGCAGCUGCUUCAAGUGUGACUACUGUGGCACCACUCUCCGGCUGUCCUCCUAUGCCUUCGACGUGGAGGACGGCAAAUUUUACUGCAAGCCGCACUACUGUUAUCGUCUGUCUGGAUAUGCUCAAAGAAAGAGACCUGCGCCUUCUCCUUCCCCAGCUCCAACCACAUCUAUGGAGAACCAGGAUGCCCCAAAUCCUGUGACAAUGUUGGAUGGCCCUGGAAGGGCGAUGGCGGUGGCAGGCCCCUCAGCCGAUAUCCGGCCUUCAGUACCAGAAGCCAACGGCCUACAGGAGGCAAGCCUCGCAAAGCGCCUUCGUGGAACACCUGAGCGAAUUGAGUUGGAGAACUACCGACUGUCCCUGCAAAGGGAGGAGGAGCUGGAAGAAGUGCCAGAGGAGACGCUGGCAGAGCAUAAUCUCAGCAGCGUCCUGGAUAAAGCUACAGACAUUGACCUGGGCUCCAGUAGCUCCGACUCAGACAUGGAGGACGAUGACGAACAUGAUGAGCAGGAUGAGGUGGAAGUCGAGUUGGAGGAGGAGCAGCAACUUCACAGCCCCUCAGACCUCGGAGGCGUCACUUGGAAGGAGGCAGUACUGCUCCACGCCCAACUGAGAGGUGACCACUGCGAUGUCGAGGAUGAGGCUCUCGCUGAACUAGACGAGGAAGAUGAAGAUGAAGAGUCAAGUGAAGAGGGGGAUUACUGCCCCUGGGACAGGGAGCUCCAGUCAGGCCUUUGGCUGGACAAGUACCUCACAGACGAAGAUGAUGUUUGUACUUUUAAAGCCAAGAACCUACAAAUUCAACAAGUCCUGCAGCCUUUGGAUCCUCUUGCGAUUCCAGGUGUGUCAGGAACACACGAAGAGUCUGAGACAGAUGGGGGUGGCCAACUGGCUUCAACCACCCAGCCCAUUGAGCUCACACAGCCCUCCUCUACAGCCCCUGCCCACACAUCUGCCCGGCACGAAGCAGUGCGAGUCUGGUUGGAUUCAAUGUCUGGAGAACUUUGUGAGGAUGAUGAUCUGGAAGCAGAAGCAGAAAGUCCCAAUAUGGAGCUUGGUACAGAAAUCGACCAAGAUGACAUCCCUUCUGAUGCUGAAGCUGAGGCACGAUUUCCCCCACCAUUGCACAGUGAAGCUUUUCCUGAGGAAGACAAAACAUCUGAAAGUGUGGGAUCGGCUUCAGAUAAUGGACCAUCCAGCACUGAACCGUAUCUGAAAGAAGAUGAUGCCAUCCUUUCGCCAAUAUUACCUGCAAUCGAACCUGAAAGACAGUUCAUAGAGAGCUCUUUUGAUUCUAAAGUGAAGUCCCCAGACACCUGCUUUUCCCCAAAACCUUUGGUUUUUGAGGAAGUAAAAGUUGAGCGGACAACACCAUCACCAACUUCCAAGAGCUCUUCGCCUUUCAUCAACCCUUCACCUGUUGCUUCUCCAGCUGCUUCCUCUGUGAAGGAUCCCUUCUCCCCUCCCAUGUCACCUUCCAACUCCACUACCAGCUCUCCAGUUAAUCCAGCAGUCGAGGUCCUUGGCAGAUCACCUGUAAAGUCACAGGAUGGCUCACCAAUCUGUUCCCAGCCUACACCACAACCUGAAACAUGCCCACCCAAGUCACUGGUGUCCCCUCACAGGUCUAUUUGCCCUCUCACAGGCAACCCACUUUCCCCAAUAUGUGCACAGCCUUUGCCCUGCCAUGAACCUUCAUCACCUGUGGCCUCUGACUCUCCUGUCAGAACCCAGCCUAUUCCAAAUGUCACAUCAACACCAAUGGCCAGAACUGACAGAGCUACUCCAAAUUAUGAGGAUUCCUUAUUAGCUGAAUCUCUGUCAAGAAAGACUGAUAUUAUUGAGGAAUUUUGGUUAAAGAGUGCUGAGAUUCGAAAGAGUCUCGGUCUUUCUCCUUUAGACCGCAGUAGUAAAAUCUUGGAUGGUAGUGUUGUUCAAAGUCCAACACAAGACUCCACUCCUGCCCAAAAACAGGCUCAGGAUCUAUCAGAGGACCAGAAACCUGCUUUUACUGGACGCACUGUGAUUCGCAGACUCAACAUCACUCUUGAAGGUCAAGUCAUUACACCCAUUGCUCCUGUGGAGGGUAAAAGUAAUUGCCCUGACACGAAAGAAUUUAGCAGCAGCUCAGGUCUGGGCCUGAAUGGUAGUAUGGCAACAAGCCAAACGGCGAACAGUGACAGCUACACCACCUCUGACUCCAUCAUGCUCACCCCACCCUCCAGUCCACCACCACCUGUGCCUAAUAAUCAAUCCCCUGCCGUUCUCAGGCAGCAAAAACACCAGGUCUCCUGGAGUAACGGGACGGGAAAACCCCCAUGCGAGCUUGCCAAAGAACCACCAAAACCAAACACUCCUGUUCCUGCACCGAGAACCCAAAUGAGUCCUGUAUCCGCACCCAAACCUGCAACCAGAAAAGUGUUGUCACCAUCAGCAGAUCUUGUGGAGACAUCUGUAGUUAUCAUGAGGGAGAAGAAGCAGCCUCGGUCCGAGGAGCUGAGGAAGUCUUUUGUGGAGACGGUGGAAGAAAUUCCAUUUGCUGAUGAUGUGGAGGAAAACUUUGAUGAGCGAACGCCUGAGACAAGCACUAAUAAGUUUUACACUCCAGCUACCAGCAAGGCCAGAGCUGACAGACCUCCCUUUCACCUGGCUUUAGCAAUGGAAAACGGCAAACCCAUUAUUCCUCUCAACCCAGUUUCUAAGACGCAGAGAGCCACUCAGUUCUCCCCAGAGGCCAAAGAAAUAGCUGAGGGGAGGAUAAGGGCAAGAGAAAAGUCCAUUAAGAGUCAGGCUCUUAAGGAAGCAAUGGCCAAGCAGCUAAAUAAAAUGAAAGAAUCCAAUUUGGAAGAGGUCACCUCACCUAAAGUGGCCUGGAGUGUCACCCCGGACGUGUGUGGGAAAAGUAAAAUGUCUGCGGUAUCUCCAAAGACAUCUGCUGUUAAAGCUCUGGAAUCAAAGAAAACAGAGACUGUGCCCGAGCGGCUCUUCAGCAGCAACAGGAGUCUGGACAGCUCCGUGGCGUCCUCCGACAGCUCAUCCACAAGUAAGAGCAAGAAACGAAGUUCUCUCUUCUCGCCCCGCAAAAACAAAAAAGAGAAGAAGGCAAAGAAUGACGGUAGCCGGCUCUCGGGUACUGAAGAGACACCGCCCAAACCCAAGUCUUUGUGGAAGGCUGUCUUCUCAGGAUACAAAAAGGACAAAAAGAAGAAAGAUGACAAGUCAUGUCCCAGUACACCAUCGUCCGGCUCUACCACUCAGGAUUCUGGGAAGAAGAGAGCAUCCCCUGUUGGAAAGUCAGCAGAUGCGAAGUCGCGCAGAAACUUGAGCUUUUCGGAGGAUUCAGACCUGUCAUGUGACGACGUACUGGAGAGAUUGUCCCAGAAGUCAAAGGCAGAUCGACACACGGACAUCUUUGACCUAGUGUCAGGCAUGCACAAGGAAGCAAUGAAGGAGGAGAAAUUGGACAAAGAGACGAGGAGGGAGUUAAAAGAAAGAAAAAGGGGGAAAGAGAGGUUCAAAGACAGAGAAAAAGCGGUUGAUCGCAAAAUGGAAAAAGACAAUGAGUCUGUUUAUGUCCCUCAUGCACUGGCGUUCAAGAGAUCAUAUGCCUCAAAGAAAACCUACACAGAAGAGGAGCUCAAUGCCAAGUUGACGCGUAGAGUCCAGAAAGCUGCUCGACGACAAGCUAAGCAGGAAGAACUCAAGAGGUUACACCGGGCCCAGAUUAUCCAGAGGCAACUGGAGCAGGUGGAGGAAAAGCAGAGACAGCUCGAGGAGAGAGGCGUGGCUGUGGAAAAGGCAUUGCGAGGAGAAGCAGGAAUGUACAAAGGUACUUAUACAUUACCCAAACAGCACAAAAGAAGAUCAGACUAUUGGGGAGAUUCUAAUUACAGUGAAAUCCUGGACUUACAUCUGGGCGUCCCUCGCUCCCUUUCCCCGUGUCUUGUGGAAGUUGAGCCCUUUGUGGGGAUGCACCGUCGGAGAACGCUCCCCUUCUGCCUCUGCUGUUCCCCUGAAGGUAUGGGAAAGAAGGAUGAUCCCAAACUGAUGCAAGAGUGGUUCAAGCUCGUGCAGGAGAAGAAUGCCCUAGUCCGCUAUGAAUCUGAACUCAUGAUAUUUGCCAGAGAAUUGGAGCUCGAGGACCGUCAGAGUCGACUGCAGCAGGAACUAAGGGAGCGAAUGGCUGUGGAUGACCACCUCAAGACUGAGAAAGAGCUUGCACAGGAAAAGCAGAUAUUAAAUGAGAUGCUAGAUGUGGUGGAGCAGCGUGAUGCCCUGGUAGCACUACUGGAGGAGCAGCGGCUUCGAGAGAAAGAGGAAGACAAGGACCUGGAGGGUGUAAUGCUCUCUAAAGGCUUCAACCUUAAUUGGGUUUAACAAGAGUGAACUAAUUGCUCCAAGUUGAAAUGAGCCUGGGGGUCUGAGCAUUUUUUGAUCAGCGUCGUGCAGCAAACAUGGGAAAAAAGGCAGUUCCGUCUGAGUCUGUCACACCUGCAGCAGUGAAUGUGUAAAGAUUCCCAACGAACACACACAUGCGCACACUUGGCUGCUAUUAAGACUGGUGGAAGCAGCGCAGCGUUUACACAUCCUCAGCCCACAGGCAGUUCUAGUUAAUCACUUUUCAGGUUUGUACUGUCACUUUGGGUAGAAAGACAUUUGCAAUUUAUCAUUGCAGCCUUGAUGUGCUGGCACCUUUGGGAGCAUGUUUAAAGACUUGUUCAAUCCAGAAAAAUCGAAAGGGAAUAUUGCAAUCUGGCCCUGCUGAUGUAAAGGAAGUGUAAAAAAUAAUGUGUUCUGUAAAUACGUUGUGUAGAUGCAGUAACAUAUUACUGUAGAUCAAGAUCCUCCUCCUGCCUUUAGCAAGAACAGAAAAGGAAGGCUUCUAAAGCUGCCUUCCUCCCCACUGACACGCUGACUUUUUCCAAAGGAGCCACAGAUGUUUCUCUCCUUUUGACGUUGUGUUUUGUGGGUCCACACUAAGAGUCCUUCAAAUAUGGUCUCUAAUAUACUUUUAAACAUUUUGGUGCAAGAGAUUGAUGAGUGUAUUAGUUGUUGACUGAAAACUAAUAUCAAAGCUUUAUUGAGUGUCCGUAUGCAUGUGCUCACACACAGACUGAUUCCCGGCAGGGGAGCUUCAUUCGACUGCCGGGCAACAAAUGUGCUUAGAAGCUGCCCGGUGUUCACAUUCCAUCUGUAGAAAGCCUUCAACAAACGGUGACAUAUACAAUGAGAGAACCCAUCGUAACGGCUCACUUGGGAGGGAAUGCAUCGAUGGUAAACCGUGGGCCAAAACAGCGUGGCCUUUGAGCCUCUGGGACUCACCCACAGCUAAGAAAACUUAGGCUUCAAUGCCCUGAAAAAAAGUUCCCACAAAUCCCAUUCUACGCCACGUUCUGGGCAAACUGGACCGCAGUCGGGAACAUAGUGUAAACAUAGCCUAAUCAGUGAAAACUGCAGCCAUGAUGAGUAUUUUUUAUUUUGUUUGACACACUACAGACAUAAGACCAUUUGUCACUUUUUUAGGUACACAAUAGAAGAGCAUACUAAUUCACCAUCCUCUUGCCUUUUCUUUUCUGUCUGCUGUUUAUUGUCCCUGAAAAGCAAAAUUAGUUUGGUUCAUUCAAGCCACUCUAGAGAGGGUGGGGCAGUUGAAACUGGAGCGAACUCAAAAACAAGGGAGUCCAUGCAAAACAAAAAAAUAAAUCCCGAUAAAAUGCAAUAUUGUAUGGGGAGUUUUAAACACAUCGUUGAAGUUGGCACAUUCACAUCGCUGGGAGUCCACACUUAACAUCGGGUGAGUGUGAGACAUUCACCUGUAGUUUUCUUGUCCCAAGGGAAUUUGGAAUAUGUUCAAAAUUGCAAAAGAAAAAACACCAAAACUGUUGGCGAACGUUUGGGUGGCUAAUUUGUGACCUUGUACAAACCCUGAUGUGAACGCGCAUUUUGAUUUUGCUACCUUCUCCACGAAUCACAAGUGUUUGCGGCUCAGUGGGGUAGGGCCUUUAUGUAACAAGGAAACCAAUUGGUUAUUCAUUACUAAGUAAAUGUAUGAAGUAAAAACAUAGUUUAUCUGAAUCCACAAUUAUUCUACAGGAUUUUCAGUAGGACACUCGAAUGCUCCUCAACCUCCAUGUUAUAUUUUAGCUAUUUUAUUGUUUAAUAAAACCCUUGUCCCUGGGAUUAUCCUACAAAAAAUACUACUCCUCAAAUUUACGAAGUUGCGCCUCAAAUGAUUUGCAAAAUAUUCUCUCUAGUGGCACUGUAGUAAAACUGUUUUUCUCCCACGGUCCAAAAUGAUUUUGUGAUUUUACAAGUAAUCAGUCCAGGGUGUCCAGCCAGCUGGGAUAGGCUUUCGUUUCGCCAGUGACCUUGAAAAAGUUAAGAACUGCAUACAAAAUAAAUGAAAGGAUGAUUUCAGGGAUAUUAUGUUGUUUUACCUGUAAAUUUGUUCAUACGUACCUUAUAAAAUAUCAUGGGAAAACACAUAAGCAUUUGAUGUGAUCAACAGCGAAGGCCCCAGUUCUUGAUAUGAAAUUUACUGUAUAUCACAAUGAUAGCUAAUGUUUACAAAUACUCGUCCAUAUCAUGUCUUGUAUUUUCUGUCUCCUAAUAUAACCGUACAAGUGAGGAGAUUCACACACUAAAGCAAGUGGCAGUGUUCAAACAUACAGAUGCCUUUUUUUUUUUCGUUCCGUAGCCUAGGUUUGUGUUUCAGUGGAUGGUUUUUGUUUUUGUUUUUUUUUUGGGGGGGGUCUGUACAAAAAUAUUUAUAUAUUUUGUUUGAGGUUCUGGAGUGAUGCAAAUUGGAUCACUGACAGGUUUUGGUCAUUGGUUUACAGCACAUAGCGUACACGUUAUAUCUAUGUACUAUAAGUUGAAAGAGUUACACAAUUCUUUGUGUGUAGAUUGUCAGUGUGAUAAGUGUGACAUGAUUGUACUGAUAUUUAUUAAUGUGUGAACAUUGUAUUAUAUGUAAAGAAUAAGAAUUCAGAUUUGUAAACUUCUGUUGACACGACUUAUGUAAAUGCUUUGUGUAGCUGCCUCUGUGUAUUGGAUGUAUGCUGCAAACAGCAAUAAAACAAUGAUUUCUUUUUCACGAAA